CUUCUGCUCUUAUUUUCUCUUUUCUUACAUCAUUAUAUAUUCAAACCUACAUAACCUUUUCUUCACUACCAUACCAAACCUCAUUUCAUAACAUAACUAUAAGACUUUAAUUCUUUUCUUUGACCAACUCAAAUAUAUUCAUUCACCUUAAAUAACAUGACUAUGGAUGAUCAUCAAUAUCAUAACUGGGAAACUUCUGAACUUAAUACUAAUAAUAAUCAUAAUCAUAAUCAUAAUAACCAAGUUGGUCCAAUUAAUGGUGCACCUAAAUUCAAAUCUGUUCAACCACCUUCAUUACCUCUUUCAUCUUCACCAUCUUUUCACUUACCAUUUUCAUCUACUUUUAGUCCUACUGAUUUCUUGAUCUCACCUUUCUUUCUCUCUUCUCCAAAUGUUUUUGCUUCUCCAACUACUGAGGCUUUUGCUAACCAAAGCUUCAACUGGAACAAGAACAGUUUAGGUGAAGAAGAGCAACAAGGUGAUAAGAAGGAUGAGAAGAAUUUAUCUGAUUUCUCUUUUCCAACUCAAACUAAGCCUGAAUCUGUUUUUCAAUCUUCCACAAACAUGUUUCAACAGGAACAAACUAAGAAACAAGACAUAUGGAAAUUCAAUGAACCUAAAAAGCAAACAGAUUUUUCAUCCGAGAGGACGGCAUCGAAAUCUGAAUUCCAAUCAACUCAGAGCUAUUCCUCAGAAAUUGUACCAAUCAAACCAGAAAUACAUAGUAAUUCAGUUACUGGUUCUGGUUAUUAUAACUACAAUAAUAAUGCAUCUCAAUUUGUUAGAGAACAAAAGAGAUCGGAAGAUGGUUACAAUUGGAGAAAAUAUGGACAGAAACAAGUGAAAGGAAGCGAAAAUCCGCGUAGUUAUUACAAGUGCACGAAUCCAAAUUGCUCAAUGAAGAAGAAAGUCGAGAGGGAUUUGGAUGGACAGAUUACUGAAAUUGUAUAUAAGGGAACUCAUAACCACCCUAAGCCUCAGUCUAAUAGAAGAACAAACUCUCAACCUACUUCAUCAUGCACUAACUCCGGAAUUUCGGAUCAAUCCGCGAUGGAUCAUGUCUCCAUACAAGAAGAUUCUUCAGCUUCUGUGGGAGAAGAAGAAUUUGAACAAACAUCACAAACUAGUUAUUCUGGAGGAAAUGACAAUGCCCUUGUACCAGAGGCGAAAAGAUGGAAGGGUGAUAAUGAAAAUGAGGGUUAUUGUGCCUCGGCUAGUAGAACUGUUAAAGAACCUAGAGUUGUAGUUCAAACUACAAGUGAAAUUGAUAUCCUUGAUGAUGGCUUUAGGUGGAGGAAAUAUGGACAAAAAGUUGUUAAAGGAAAUCCUAAUGCAAGGAGCUAUUACAAAUGCACUGCCCCUGGCUGUAAUGUGAGAAAACAUGUUGAAAGAGCUGCACAUGAUAUCAAAGCCGUGAUCACAACUUACGAAGGGAAACACAACCACGAUGUACCAGCUGCACGCGGUUCUGCAGGUUACAAUCUGAACAGAAAUUCUCUGACCAACAGCAACAUACCAGCCCCUAUUAGGCCCUCAGCGGUUAACUGUUAUUCCAAUUCAUCAAGUUUCACAAAUUCACUUUAUAAUAAUACCGGACUUCCUGCCAACGGAAAUCAGGAGUCAUUUCCACAGGACAUAUUGCAGGGUCAUGGAAAUUUCGGAUAUUCAUCUCUCGGAAUAUCGAUGGAUUCAUCAGUCAAUCAUUCACAAUACUCAGAUGCUGCAUACUUAAAGGCCAAGGAUGAGAGGAAGGAUGACUCGUUCCUUCAGUCAUUUCUGUCAAACGACUUCUAAACAUGGGGCCACAACUUCAUAUGAUAUCUCGGAUAUGUAUUUUGUAUAGGAUGUAGGAUUUUAGUUAUUGUAUUCAUAGGAGAGAAUAGAUAGAAAGAUUCAUCAAUGUUUAGUAGUUUACUUGAAUGAUCUUAGUCACAGGCACUACAUCCAUAGGAGAUACAAAAAAUUAGCUGACUAAUGAGCACUGUUAUUCUUUUGUUGAUUUGUAAGAAAAAGUCUCAAGUUGAAAAAAUUAUAUAUUAUUUGUAUAUGAAAUCAAUAUCAUAAUCUUUCAUUGUUA